AAAUUCCGGAUAGCGCGAAGAAUACUUCUCAAUUGAAAGUCGCACAACAAACUCAAUGACCGAUUUUGAUGUGCUUCACAUCUCAAUUCAAGAUGAAGUUCAACGAAACCAUUGCAAUCUCGACGCCCAAAGUUCUAUUGGUGCCCUACGAUGCACACCACGUCCCGCAAUAUCACACAUGGAUGGAGGAUGCGGCAAUCCGUGAAGCGACAGCCUCAGAUCGUCUCACACUCGAUGAAGAAUACGAGAACCAGACCUCUUGGCGCACCUCAGCGGACAAGUUGACGUUCAUCGUCUGCAAACCUCUUGAGUCCAUCCCAGCUGUUGCAGUGAUUGCAGGCGAGGCGGACGACAAUGAGCGCAUGGUUGGUGACAUCAAUAUGUUCCUGACGCCUUGGGAGGAGGACGAGGCGGCGGAAGAUGGGGAGACGCAACAUGCUGCUGGUGUUCCCUUGAGUAUGACAAAUAGAAUCGACGCCUCUGCACAGAGGUACUGUGUUGGCGAAGUGGAUAUCAUGAUAGCCGACACUGCGAACCGUGGGAAGGGUCUGGGCAGGGCCGCUGUUUCGACGUUACUGUGGUUUAUCAGAAGAAAUGUCAGUGCGAUACUGGCCGAGUAUGCUGCUAGUACUGAAGAGAAGAACAACCUGGAGAUGAAGGAACUACUCGUACGGAUUCAGGCGACGAAUGAGGGAAGUCAGGCAUUGUUCAGGGGGCUCGGGUUUGAACGGAGGGGUGAUAUAAACUACUUUGGCGAGGUAGAGAUGGUGCUGAAGAAUUUCAACCAUGGGGAGGGUAUCAAGAGGGUUGAAGGAUAUGGGGAGUUAUCAUUCGAUAGGUCGAAGUUACCCAACUAGGGUGUGUUCGAUAACUGAUCAUUCAAUCAGAAGAACCAACCAACAAGGCAAUGAAAACAGCACACGAAAAUGUGAUACCAGAGUCUAAGAAAGAGCUUGUGGUCUGAGACUUUGUCUACUUUUUAUCACCGUGCUUCUCCAGGUUAUUGCAGAAGUCCAAAAGCAGAACAAGAUGAUCCCCAGGUUGUAAGAAUCCCGUACGACGAGUCUGCAGAGACUGCGACAUCAAUAAUUAUUCGAAUUAACCUGCAGUCCUUAUUUGGUAUUGUAUCAUUCAGCUUCUGUUUGAGUACGUUGUGUUCCAGAGAAGCUGCGUGCUUGCGUGGCUCCAGGCAGAAACUUGGUCAUU